AAUAAAUAUGAGACGUAUAUUAACAUAUUGAGUUACGAAGGGAGACAGAUAGACCUUUCAUUCUUGCAUGUUAAUGCGAUUAUCAGCGUCGGUGACGAGAGAGCGGAGUUUGUUUUCGACUUCUCGAGCGAUUCACAAAAAAUGUAAGCAAGUUAACAGAAAGUGUGUUUCGUCGAAUGAUGAUUCCAACGUCAUACCAGCCUAUAGGAUCUGACUCACCUUCAGAGAACGACGACAACCACGACGAAGAAUUAGAAGACUCGCGACAGUCGACAUGGCGAAGAGCUAUUCAAAGAGUGCGCCAUAUAGAUAAGAGCUUUGUGGUAUCAAAAGCUUUCUAUUUUUUCUUCUACACCGCAUUAGGUUCGCUUUUUCCGUUUUUUAGUCUAUACUACAAACAACUAUGGCUGACUCCUGGGCAGAUUGGCCUUUUGCUUGCUCUGAGACCCGCCGUCAAACUUGUAUGCUUGCCGUUGUGGAAAAUGGUUACGGAUCGAUUCAGUAGGCCAAAAGUGGUGUACUUCAUCUCAAUUUUCGGUUGGAUCAUUGGUUAUUACGGCCAGUCCUUUGUUUUUCCGACCAAAUUACCUUGUUAUGGUUCUGCAACAGAAAUUUCAGCCAUUCAAGAUAUUGCAUUUUCGACCCCAGCUUCAAAUAUAAGCAGACUCAACUCUACCGCCAAAUCUAGCAACAUUACAACAAGGGAACUUACUUUGAACAAACAUUUGUCUACUUUUGUACAAAAAUGGGACCCAAAAAGUUAUCAGAAAUUAAGCAAAAUGAAGAAAACAGAUGGGAAUUUAUUGGAAAGUGUCGUUAAAUCGGAAGACGCUUCUUCGAAAGCAAAACGUUUAACGUGGUCGCAAUUGAAUGGUAAUUAUGCAAAUAUCGACACAGAUGCAAAAUCAAGAAAGAGGAGCUUUGUUCAGCGAAGUGAAAGUACUUUUAACUUAUUUCCACGCGAAGACGCAUCAGUUGACGAUUUUAGACAAGUCACCAACGAUCAUCAAAAUGAUAAUCGAGGAAAAAAACUUGUACUUAAGUCAGAUUCAGCACAGGAAAACAUCGUAACGAAGCAUAAAAACAAUGAGCUGCGGCCCUACGAAACAGUGAACGAUAUGCAGAGAAGUCCAAGACCAAGUGAAGAUUUCCGCGUCAAAUACAACACCUGGGUUUUUCGUACUCUCAUUUUAAUAGUAAUUCUUACGGAAAUCAUAACGACACCUACGCCAAUGCUAGCAGACAAUGCUAUCGUAAGAUCUCUGGUGGAAACUGACAGUGUGUAUGGUAAACAAAGACUUUUUGGUUCUCUGGGACUCAGCUUAGCUGCAAUACUUGUCGCUGUGUGGGUGUCGUUGGAAACCGACUGUGUGCAUACAGACACCAUCAACUAUGUCCCGUGUUUUCACCUCUUUGAGAUUGCCAUUGGAGCUACGGUUUUGGUUUCGCUCUGCGUUGAAUUUAAUAGACCUCUUGAAGAGAAUCCGAACGAAUUUGACUUCAAAGACGCGAUGAAGCUGUUUAAAAACUUCAAAAACGGCGUGUUUAUUGUUACACUGUUCUUGUUUGGAUGUUUCCACAGCCUUCAGAAUUCGUUCUUGUUCUGGUAUCUUCAAGAUCUUGGUGGAACCCCUACCUUAUUCAGUGUUAUCCUGCUCAUUUAUUGUCUGGCUGAGGUAGUAAUGUAUUUCAUUUCGGGGUACGUGGGUGAGGCUAUUGGUCAACAAGGAAUCAUCUGCCUGGCUUUCGCCUGUUACACAGCCAGGUACCUCAUGUACUCCUACCUGAAAGAUCCUUGGCUUGUAAUUCCUAUGGAGAUGGUUCAAGGGAUUACUUAUGGAGGAGUGUGGUCCAUUGCCACGGUUUAUGUGAACGCGCCACCAGGUAAGUUCAGGCCUUUCAAUAUCUCAAUACAGACAGUUUGACUUGAUAAUCGCUAGAAAAAACUAUGCUGGCAAUCCAUUCUAUACUUCUAUGAAAAGGACGGAUUUAACUAGUUCGGUACAAAACGAUAGAGUCAGGGAGUUAAGGGAGUUUACAUCAGGAACAAAGAUUACAGUCAACGCCAUCUCGGAGACUUUGCAGUGGCUGCAACAUCAAGCACAAUGUAGGGCAGAGUAGGAACUGCAUGCCAUGUCUGACAGCAGUUACUGGAUUUCAAUUUAGCCUUUAAGGCGGUACACUGAAAAUAAGAAUUACCUACUCACCUAAAUAUAUUAAUCAUGCGCCUGGCAGGCUUAGAAAGUGAAAAAAGACAAAAGUUCACCAAGCAUGGAGCCUCGAGAGAAAAUCUAGGCCAUCUGUCUUGGACUAUUCCCUCUAACAACACCUUUCAUUAGGAUGCUCGACGCGAUUUCUUUUUUCCUACAACAAGAUGUAAACAGAGAGAGCAUCAAAUCGGUUUAUGUUUUCCCGUUAAUACGGUACUGACCUUUUUGCACUAUAUCCCUCUUGUUACGUUUUUUCCUCAGAAGCGACGCCCAUGGUUCAAAGCAUUCUUCAUGGAAGCUACUGGGGCCUGGGAAUGGCUCUCGGUUCAGGAAUCAGUGGUGUAAUCAUCGAUUUCACUAGCCCGCGCUCCAUGUUCCUCGUUGCAGCAGCAAUCUGUUUCCUACUGUGCAUGUUUCACUUAGGAAUUGACAUUUAUAACAAAAUGAAAGCUUUAGAGGAAGAGCAAGCUCAAAGGCUGGCAGUUCAACGCGGUGAAGCAAAGCCGUCUAAAUCCCAUGAAAGUGCCUUUAUCGGGGCAGCGGCUGCUCCAUUAGUGCCAUGCCUUCUUUACGGCAGAUAGCGUUGAAAUAUUUUUGUAAUUCGCAUUUAAAAUUUUUCCACGUUCAUUUGGAGAAAUCUUGUAAGGUCACUAACUUUGUCGAACUUUGGUUCUCUGUCUGUCCAAGUUACUUCGUUCUUAAAUUUUGUUAAGGGAGUAAAACAAUAUUUAAAACAAGAACUACACACGUAGCAUUUGUACCUAGAAACAUGAUAUUUAAAACAGUAAAGGUACGGUCAGUUACAGG